AAACGGCCUUUCUGCGAGGCCUGAACCUACACUGACUUUGGCUGCUAUUUGUUGCCAACAAGCAAAGUUCAUCUCGGCUGGGUCCGCCAGGAGGCACUGGAAGCGGGAUUGGACAUAUUUUUGUUUAUGAUAUAUUUUCGCUGCCCCGCACGGAAUUACGGAUUGUGGUUACGGACAUCGGACGCGCCCGUCUCCGGAAGAGAAGCCCGCACGGAUGCAGGUCGCUCGCUGCGUAAGUUGUGACCGUGUGAAAACAUACAUCGCAACGUCCCCCCACCGCCCGUUCGUUGUUGGAAAGUGUUGCAACCGAGAGUAAAAAAAGGCCAAGAGGAGGAGCAGCGGGAAAAACAAAACAUAAAAGUCGUCGAGUGUAAGAAGGAGAGCGGUGAACGUGUAAAAGCGUGUGGAAAAAGCGAAAGCGCUUGUAAAGCAAGCCGAGUGUGUGUGUGAGAGAGAAGGAGAGCGAGCGGCCGAACGAGCAUAGGCGUAAAUCUCGGCGCUGGGUGCAUGAGCAGCUACGCAAAUGGAAGACGCUCGUGUGUGCUAAAGCAGGACAGCAUAACACGAAGAGGAAGCGAGAGCGAGAAGUAUAAGGGCCGUGCGAUCCCAGCCUACUCAUUCCAUCAAAGAUCCGUCAAAUCGCUCGGGAAGUAUUGUGUGUGCGUGUGUUCUUUUUUUUUUGGAUUCCAACGUGUAAAUACUCCAAAACAAACCACAAUACUAGGAAAAGCAAACGCCACUACGAAGCUUUUGCGAAUGGAAAGUGAUUCCUUUUAAUUUGACCGCCGGGCGCCUUUUAAUUUUCUCUGAACGUCCCGCCCCAUCGUCAUCAUUCCACGAAACAGUCUUUACGAGCGGAAUAGUGCAAGGACAUCGUAAAGAAAACAGCUGAAACAGCAGCAGGUUGGAUUGACCCAGCGGGUUUUGACCGGUGGUGUGAGGGUGGUGUUCAUUGAUCACUUAUCUUGCCCCAGCAUACCGGUAGCUAGCGAUAUCGCCAUCGAGCCCCACUCGUCAAGAUGGAGAUGGAUCCGUUGCAGACACCGAUCCAAACGGAGCUUCCAUUCUGUCGGUUGUGUUUCUCACAAGCCUGUGAUUUAUACGAACUAUUCCCAGGCGCAGGCAACGACAAUGAAUCUCUGCUACUGAAAAUACUCGAGCUGGUAAACGUCGCUAUAAGCUUCGAUGAGGACCUGAACUCGUACAUCUGCGGCAAAUGCGUCACAAUGGUCGAGGACUUUUUCGAGUACAAGGAGAAGGUGAAGGAGAACGAUCUGCUGCUGCGAGAGAAGCGCAAAUCGGUUGAUCAUGCGACUGCCAUCUACAACGUCGUUAGCAUGCAGCCGGACGCGACUAACAGUAGCGCGUCGAACGGUGCGACAGGCGCGGGCAGCGGUUCCGAGCUCGGUGCAGGUGGAAUCGAUGAACCACACGUCGGGCUCGAUCAGCGUAUCUCGAUCGACGGUGGUCCUCCGCUGAACGGUAACAUUAUCGAGUUCAAGAAGCAGCUGUUUACCGCCUCACCGGCCCAGAUCGGUAUUUGGCUUUGUGUGGCAUCCGGCAGCGACAUCCAGUGUCCCGCCGCGAUCGAGGUGGACGACAACAUACAGGUGGUGGCAGAAAUCGGCCAGCACAACCACGGCCUACCCGUAUCGGUGCCGGAAAAUCCACCCGAAACGACACCGACCAAGCAGCAGCAGCAGCAGCAGCAGCAGCCGCAACAGCAACCCCAGCAGCACCAACAGCCACAGCAGCCGCCCCACCAUCAUCCCCAUCAUCCGCAAACGACGCAGGAACAUCACGUGCACGAGGAAGACACGAUCGUGGUGACGACCGACGGUACGCCGGCAAUUCUUUCGACCACCACCGGCACACCGGUCGUGUCGAACAGUGCGUCCCGUGCUGCCGGCGGUGGUGGCGCAGGCAACAAAGCAUCCACCACCUCGACAUCGUCGGCGAAGAAGAAAAAACCGCGCGAUCAACCCUCGAAGCGCAAGGUCUCGAACGACAUACUGGUCGGCGACGGGUGGCUGACCGACGUCACGACGUACAAGCGCAACCACUACCAGCUGGUCACGAAAGACGGCUACCAAACGUUUCUCAUCUACAACGGCUACCGGUUCCGGACGCAGCAAAAGAUUCGCAACGGCAUUGCGGCGUGGAAGUGUGCGUGGAACGGGCGGAAAGGUUGCCAGGCCAUACUGCACAUCACGGAGGACUAUCAGAAGGUGCGCGAGGUCGGUUCACCCCACAACCACGAGCCGUCGCUGCGCGACCGGAUCAUCUCGAACAAACCGACCAACGGCAACACGUCCGACCAGAGCCUCAUCAUGCAGUCGGACGGCGAGGAACUGAGUGAGAUGCACAAAAUCACCGCUACGGCAAGCGUCGGAUCGACGAGCAGCGGAGCAACCGGGACGCUGGCCGGGGAAACGAUAACGCUUGGCGGUGGUGCAACCGUGGUGGCCAUCACCACGACCGGGGCGAACGCUGCUGCCGUCAACAGUAGCACCUCCACGACGACGGCCGCCGCCGCCGCCGCUUCGUUAGACCUUACCUCCGAGAUGGAUUUCGUGCAGCAGAGCAGCAACAGUGGCAGCGAGUUGAUCACCACCACGACCACUACCAGCACUUCCGGUGCAUCGUCCGCCUCGUCGGCCGAUCAGCCCGGUACGACAACGGGGCACCAUCAGCAGCAACACCAGCAUCAUCAUCACCAUCACCAUCCGCACCACGAGGUGGUGGGCGUUGUGGACGAAGUGGUGGGCAAAGACGAUACGACCAUGUCGAUGGAUAUCGAGGAAAUCAUACGCCCGCACGUGGUACUGCAUCCCGCCAGCGAAUAAUGCGUGUGUGUCCGGGGGCACCGUCGAAGAAAAAUGGGGCAACGGGCGGGCGCGUGUUUUGUUCUCCAUCAGCACCGGCCAUUUUACAUGCCAUCAGCGACAUGGGUGGCAAUGUCGCACGGGAAUGGUGUUCUGCAAAUAGGUUCGCUCCAUGCUAACAAAACGAAACGCAGCGUGUGCGUAUGUGCAACGGGCGGGUAAUGGGAAAAGUGUUUGAUAAGAAAAGCAAAAUAAUUGUAAAAAAACAACAACAACAACCGCAUUAGCAGUUAGGGUCUUCUGGGGUUAAACAGAGAGAGAGAGAGAGAGAGAGAGAGAAAGAGAUCGGAACAGUAGGGGUGGCCUUUUUUGGACUAAAAUGAUCUUGCUCUCGAUCAUGAUGAUGAUGAUGAUGAUGGCGGUGGGCACAGCUACAUUACGCUAUUGUAUGUAAACAUUUGUUCGUUUUAUUUGCAUAAGUACAUAAAUGUAUCCCCUCCUCCCCUCACACUCCCACCUCCUUCUCCUCCCAAACAGUGCCCGUUAAAAAAUAUAUGUUUUAAGUCAGGUUAGGAAAAGGUUAAACAAGAAUGCAAACAGCACCACCAUUCUCCCCGCGGGGAAACGCCCAACCGGUCUGCCUGCCCGCCCUGAAACACCUUGCAGGUCCCUCCAAUCGAGCAGGAUCCGAGUGAAGAGUAUCAGCAGCGGCAGGCCAGCCACGCGUUGGCAGAUUUUAAUACAAGCUAAAGUAAUGCAGGCCCCUUAUUGCGAGAUGAUCAAGCUUAGGGUUAGGGAUGUCGAGGUCGAUUUUACCCCUCUUUUUUCUCCUUUUAACUUUAUGUUUUACAUCCUUGUCCCUCCCCCCCACCACGUCCUCCUUCUUAUUUCUCUUAGACCGUAAGUGCAAAAAAUUGUCAUAGGUAGGCGUUAAGCGGAAAGGAUGAAGAAAUAUAUACAUAUAGUUAUAUAUAUAUAUUAUAUACAUAAAUGCAAAACAGAUAACGGGCAGGUUAAGGAUGGAUUCUGCCCACACACACCCCCCACCCGUGCUGCAGAAGGGUGCCGCGCGCCAAACACAGGACGCGGAAGCGCGUUUUUUUUUUCUGCUGCACCGUGCGACAGCCACAACACAACCACCAUCUCCCCUCCAUUAUUAACAACAAUAAAUCGGUCAAAUCAA